AAAUGAAACUUCUCCUUCUUCUCUGCAUAUCCUGUAUACCCCUAGCCUAUUCUCAUGAUGGUGAGCCAUUUGACUACCUAAUGUUCACCACAAUCUACCCAACCGCCGUCUGCCGUGCCGAUGAUGAUUCAGUCCCUGAAUCCUGUGAGAUUCCAAGUGGUACCCCUCAAUGGUCAAUUCACGGAUUGUGGCCAAACUUUGAGAAUGGCUCGUACCCACAAAAUUGUCGUGGGACUCCAAGACAUUUCGAUGAGAAUUUGAUAAAAUCAAUUGAAGAUCGAUUGGUAGUUGUCUGGCCAAACCUCUACCCUAAAAAGACGAUUCAAUCCUUCUGGAAACACGAGUAUGAUAAGCACGGGACAUGUGCUCAAAGUGAGAAGCUCUUCGAGUCAGAGUUGGCUUACUUCACAGAGGUAAUGAAAGUCUUCGACUCUAUCGAUGUGGCUGGAGGAUUGAAAUCAGUUGGACCAUCGGAAAAACCAAUCACCUCGAGCGACUUGAAAAACGCGUUGAGCGGAGUCACCAGCGGAAAAACUUUCCAAUUCCAUUGCCUCCGGGAUAAGAAGACCAAACAGUUCCUUCUCGGUGACAUUCGCUUGUGUCUCAACAAGGACUUGACAAUCCGAGACUGUCCGACUGAUGGAAAACAUCCGAAUCGAGUCAGCAGAUUCGAGAGAUCAAUUGGCAGAAAUAGACGCGGGCCACCACUUCCAAGCUUCCAGCCAUGCCCCGCCGAGUUCAUCUACCUUCCGGAGAUGAGCAGCAUUUCUAAAUCCUCUGAUUCCACAUCGCCAUCUAUUUUCGGACGAAUCUGGAGCGCUAUCAAAAAUAUUGGAAAUUAAAAUAUUUCGGAUUUUGUAUAAUUUUUGCUGAUUUCAAUAAAAAAAAGGACCC